GUUGAGCGGGCUUUGGAUCCACCGACCAGCCAGACAGCAGAGACGACACCCAGGGAAGGACACGCAGACACAUAGACACACAGACACACAGAGCCGAUUCCCAUCCCUCAAGACAUCUAGAUUCUGGGGUUUCUGCUCACUGAUUUUUCUGGAUCAGAAUGUCAGACGGGUGCCGGAUUGACGAGCUGAUGGAGCUGACAGCUCAGAGCCUGAGUUACCUCGAGAUCAAGGAGCACUUCAACAUCAUCAAGGAGAUCGGAAGGGGGAAAUACGGCAAGGUGCUCCUGGUUACCCAUCGCUGCAGGGGCACCCCCAUGGCCCUGAAAGUGAUGCCCAAGGCCUCCACCAAGCUGCAGGGCUUCCUGCGGGAGUACUGCAUAUCCCUGCGGCUCUCCUGCCACCCCUGCAUCGUGGGCCUCUUCGGAAUCGCCUUCCACUCCGAGGAGCACUACGCAUUCGCCCAGGAGCUGGUGGUCGGAAAAGACCUGUUCGCUGUGAUUCAGCCACGGGUGGGCAUCCCUGAGUGUAUGGUGAAGCGCUGUGCCAAGCAGAUCGCCAGCGCCCUGGAGUUCAUCCACGGGCACGGCCUGGUGCACCGGGACAUAAAGCCAGAGAACGUCCUCCUCCUGGACCGGCACUGCUCCAGGGUGAAGCUGGCCGAUUUCGGCCUGGCCCAGAAGAGGGGCACGAUGAUCCAGUUCAUCUCGGGCACCCUGCCCUACAUGGCCCCGGAGCUGUGCGCGGUGGUGGCCCAGGAUGGGCAGCGCCCCCCCGGGGUGGACCCCCUCAGCGUGGAGCCCAGCCUGGACACCUGGGCCUUCGGGGUGCUCCUCUUCUGCAUCCUCACCGGGUUCUUCCCCUGGGAGCGCUGCACGCCUUCCGACGAAUUCUACCAGGAGUUCGCCGACUGGCGCAGAGAGCCCACGGUGGUGGAGCUCCCGUCGCAGUGGCAGAGGUUCACGCCGGCCUGCCUGGAGAUGUUCACCAGGCUCCUGCAGCUGGACGCGGGGGACCGGUGUGGGGUGGGCGAGGUGAAGGCCUACGUGGACCAGGACUGGGUCAGGGCAGCCGACGCCCCAGGGCAGACGGGAGAAAACGGGACGGUGAGCGCUAGAACCACCCUCAGCGUGUGCAGCUCCUUGCCCAAAACGGCGGCCUGAAGCCCUCCGAGAAGGUUCAGACGUGUGGCAGCAACCUUCCUGAGCUCUCAUAAGGGUUUAUUUAAAACAAUAGAGGGUGGCUCCUAAAUGCCAGAGGAGAGCUUUUUCUUUACAGAGAGUCAAGGAGGAGAGGAGGAGAGUCAAAACAGGGAGUUACCUGAUCUGGACACGUCGUCCAUCCAAACAGAAACCAAAGACCGUGUCUAUGGUACCUAAAGGUUAGCACUCACUCUGGCAGCAGCAGAUUACUGCACAUGAAGAAGUCUGGUCAGCUGUAGUCACAGCAGUUCUCUAGCCUUGCCAGCUACCGUAAAGUCUGUUCAACAAAUAUAUCAAAGUGUCAAGCGAAGGCUGUUCUCUCAGCACGAUAAAAGCAUGAGCUUAUGUAACAUACAUAUAGGAACACUGCUUUUAAAUUUAGAGUGAUUUAAAUAAGGAAUCUCUGUUAGAUAAGUACAGUAUUAAUAGCACAAAGGCAGUAACAGCACAGCGAGAUUCAGCUAGGACAGACCACCGGAGAUCCCGGGAGAGUAGUGCGUUCAGAUAGUGGUGAGAAAUCCAUGUAGAAAUUUUACAAAAAGGGAUGUUCACAAUCGUGUUUGCAGUGUGGGUGCAUGUGCAUAUUUGGAUUUUUAAAAAUUAUUUCAUUAAUAUUUUUUGGCAUCAUUUCUUCUGUAAAUUCAGUUACCCAUCCAUUGCAUGUGUACAUACUGGACAGAAAUACAGUGAACACCCAUUUCCUCACAGUGAUUUGGUGAAUUAUCUGUGUGAAUACACAAUAUCAAAUCAAAUAUCAGUUUAGUAUAAAAGGAAAUUUCAAAAGGGUUCUGAAGGUUCAUUAAGAUUUAAACAGUUCUGCAGCUCCACGGUAAGACACACAAUGCUGUGUAUAGAGGCGUUCGUUAUGUAAAUAAUCUGUUUUCACUCCU